AUAGCUUCCACCCUGUAUUUGUAAAUGAGAAUAAUUCCUAUUUAUUGUAAUAACUUACUUGUGAAAAAAAAAGAAUGCUAUAAAAGAAAUUUUAGAAAAAAAAAUGUUAUCACAAGCAAAUAUUACAUUAAAGAAAGGAAUACCUUUUAAACAAAUAUUAAAGCAUUUUCAUUAUUUAAAACGAGGAUUUGAUGGUGGUAAUUUAAAAUAUUCCACAACCUUAAAAAAUAUCUAUAAUGAUAAGAAGUUACUAUGUACUAAACAAACACCAAAUAUAAUAUUAAUUGGGAACUUUUUGAUGAGAAAAUAUUCAACAGAAAUUUCAAAGGAUAUUGAAACACCUUUAAAACAAAGUGACUUGAAUAAUAACAAAAAUGAUACAUUAAUAUCAAAUAGUUUUAAUAGAUUGGAUAUUAAUAAGUUUAUCAAUUGCUUAAAAAAUGGACAAAUUAAUGAAGCAAAAUCACUCAUAUCAACACAAGAAUAUUGUACAACAAUUGAUAACAUAAUAGAUUUCAAAAAAUUUUUAAUUCGACACUUGGACUUUUCUGAUGCAGAAUUAUUAAAUAAAGUAAACGACAUUUUAAGUGACCAAUUUGUUCAAGUUUCUUUAAAAUUGAAUCUUUAUAAAUCAGACCCACAGGUAUUAAAUUUAUAUGAUGAACUAUCACAUAAAGGUAUUCCAGAACCAUAUCUUGGAUUGUCUUGUGUACACCUUUUAUCAAUUAUAAUGUCUAGGAAUUUUGAAUUAUCACCACCCAAACAUGUUAUUUUAGAAUUUCCUAUCAAUAUUGAUAGAAAACAUUUGGAGAUUUUUAUAAAUUUAUUUAAAAAAGGAGAUUUAGAAGGAGCAAAAACAUUUUUAAAAACAAAUAAUUAUGCUACAACAAUUCAUGAUACAUUAGAAUUUAGUAAUUCUUUAAGGUAUUAUUUAAAUUCUGAUCAUGAAUUAUACAAUAUGUCGGUUGGAUUCUUAAAAGACUAUUUAAAAAAUAUUCUUUUUCCAAUUGUUAAUGAACAAGAAUCCAAAAAAUUUAUCCAAGAUUAUAAUCAAUAUUCUUUAACAUAUUAUAUAAAGAAAUCAUAUUCAAACCAAGUUCUCUAUAUAUAUGAAGAUCUUUUGAAAAAGGAUUGUGUCCUUUCUGAUGAAUCUAAACUUGCAAUAUUUUGUGCUUACAUAAAAUCAAAUGAUGAUAAUUUAGCUAUAAACUUUUUUAUCUCUAAUAUUUCUUCAUCACCAAAAUUUUCUCUCUCCAUUUUCACAAAAAACAUUCAACCAUUAUUAAAUGAAAUAGAAUAUAAUAAAGCACAAGAAAUAUUACGACAUCAUUAUAUUCAACAAAUUUCACCAAACACAAGAGAAAUCACAAGUUAUGUAACUAAAAUUUUUUCUAAUAAAAAUCAACAAACAAAAACUUUAGCAUUAGAUCUUUAUGAAAAACUUUGUAAACUUGGAAUACCAAUAAAUCCAAUUACAUACGGAGCAUUUAUAAUGGGAUUCUUAUCACAAGAUAGAUAUAUUGAGGCUGAAUCCAUUUUUAAUGAUAUGAUAAAAAGAGGUCAAACUCCCAAUCAAAUUAUAUAUAGUGGAAUGCUUGAUGGGUUUUCAAGAAGACGUGAGGGAACUAAGAAAAUGAAUGAACUAUGGAAACAAAUGUUAGCUGAUAAAAUUUCACCUGAUGAAAUCGCUUAUUGUGCUAUGAUUGAAACCUAUUUUAGAAAUGGAAAUAUUCGUGAUGCGAUUAAAUUAUUUCAACAAAUGUCUUUAGAUCAAAAUAUUAAAUUAAAUGAUAUAAUUUAUAAUCGAAUUAUUAGUGGGUUAUUAUUAAAUAAUCGAGUGGAUGAAUCCAUGAUUAUUUAUGAUCAGAUGAAAAAACGUAAUUUAUUCCCUAAUAUAAUUACUUAUAAUACUUUAAUUAAUAAAUUAUAUGAUAAGAAAAAAGAACAACAUGUAAUGACGAUUUUACAAGAUAUGCAACAAUUUAAUAUUAGACCUGAUGUAACAACAUUAACAACUCUUUUAAAAAUACAAUUUCAUGAUCGUAAUAUUGAUGGAAUACAAAAAGUUUUAAAAAUGUUUGAUUCUUUAAAAAUUGAACCAAAUAUACAAACUUAUGGUACUUUAAUAAGUGGUUUUUUAAAUGAUUUUAAUGAUCUAAAUAGUGCCGAAUCUGCUUUUAAUGAAAUGAUUUACAAGCAUAGUUUAUCAUCUCCAACUGUUCACAUUUAUACUAAUUUAAUACAAGGUUAUAUUAAUCAUGGAAAAUUUCAAUUGGCUGAUCAAUUAUAUUUUAAGUUAUUACAAAAUAAUUUUCCUACAACUGCAACUUUUAAUAUACUUAUUGGUGGUUAUUCUAAGGCAAAUAAUUUAGAUAAAGCAAAACAAUAUUAUAAUGAGAUGAUAAGAUUGGGUGUUAACCCUUCUUCUUCUACUUAUAAAAUUUUAAUUGAUGGUUACUUGGCUUCUAAAAAUAUGUUUGAUGCUUCUCAAAUUUAUGAUGAUAUGAUAAAAGCAAAUUUUAUUCCUAUGGAACCUGAUUUGAAACGACUUUGCCAAAUAAUAGAACAAUGGAGAUCGAGACAAUCUAAUAUUAAUCAAGUUUUAAAAGAAAAAUAAUAGAUAAAAUUAUAAUUAUUAUUAAAUUUGUAAAUAAAAAGACAAUUUUAAAUUAUAAACAAUUAUCAUUUU